AUGUCCGUGAACGCUGGCUCCGUUAUCUCUUCCCCCUCCCUCCCUUCUCUCUGUCUUUGUGUCUUCCCGAGGAGAAAGGCCUUCGUCUUCUCCCUCUCUCUGUCUUCCUUCUUCUUGAAAAGAUCUCCCACACCACUCACCUCUCUCUCUCUCUCGCGCACAAAGCAAACGGAGACAACCGCGGGCGUGAUCCUCUGCCGGUCACAGCCGACCACCAUCAAAAUCGCUCUAUCGGCGCCGUCGAGCGUCCGCCGCGUCCUGAUGAGCGCCCCGGUGAGCUCCGACCUCCGGUCGAAGUACAACAUGCGGUCGAUGCCGGGGCGCAAGGACGACGAGGUCCAGGUGGUCCGCGGGACGUACAAGGGCCGCGAGGGCAAGGUCGUCCAGGUCUACCGCCGGAAGUGGGUCAUCCACAUCGAGCGCAUCACCCACCAGAAGGUCAACGGGUCGACCGUGAACAUGGGGAUUUCUCCCUCGAAGGUCGUGAGCACGAAGCUUCGGCUCGACAAGGACCGCAAGUCCCUGCUCGAUCGCAAGGCCCAAGGGCGCGCUGCUACUGACAAGGACAAGGGGACUAAGUUCACGGCCGUGGAUGUCAUGCAGAACAUCGAUUAAGAGAGAGAGAGAGAGAGAGAGAGGAAGGUCCUUUUGUACUCAGUUUGUUGACCAUUUCGGUUAUAAUUUUGGUUGUUUUCGGACUCCAGAAGGUUAUUUGGCUGAUAUAUCCAAGGAUGUUGCUUUAGAUGUUUGGAAUGCCCUGCUUUUUUUAUCUAUGAACCAGUUGGAUAUUCUGUC